AUGAAUCAAGCUCCAGUGAUGUAUCAGGAUCCAGCGAUGGAUCAAAUGAUAAGAAGAAACGUCAAGAUGGAUCAAGCUCCAGUGAUGUAUCCAACGAUGGAUCAAGUGAUAAGAAGAAACGUCAAGAUGGAUCAAGCUCCAGUGAUGGAUCAAGCUCCAGUGAUGUAUCAGGCUCCAGUGAUGUAUCAGGAUCAAGUGAUAAGAAGAAACGUCGAGGUGAUAACGAAGGUGGUUUCAGCGAAGCAAUCACUAUCCCAUGA